GCCGGCAGCCGCCGCCCCCGAUCCCUCCGAGAGCACUGAGGAGGGGCGGCCCGCGGGGCUCAGGUGAGCCCCCUGAGGGCAGGGCAGGGCUGGGCUGCGCGGCCACAGACCGCGGCCACACCUCGGCACCCCGGAAAGCGGCCUGAGGGUGGUAGGGCGGUGCCCUGGAGGAAGGCUGCAGAGGUUCCAGAUGGACUCCCGUGCAGUGCUGGCAGUUGGCGUGCUGUAGCGGCGGUGAUGUCCCGUUUCCCGCCACUUGACCGAUCGUCUUCUCUCACAGGUUCUGAAGUUCUGUAAAAACUUUGAAGCCUGUUUCUACUAGCACUGGAAACUGAAGUUCAUCUGUGAAACAGAACCUUUGCAGAGAAGGAACUACAGCAGUUUUGGAGUACAGGAGACCACCUUCAUCUUUAGGUGACACAUCUCAAUGGAUGGGCCAUUGUGACAGUGAGGGUGCUGCAGAUUGACACUGUGACUCUGCUUCUCUAAGCCACUGUCAAAUGCUAUGGUGUGUGCAGAUCUGAGAGCACAAGAAGAAUCAGUGGGAAUCUUGGAUGGACAAAGAGUAAUUCAAGUGUACUUACCCAUCUUAUCAAGUCAAGAAAACAUUUGCUUUCUUCCCUUGUCUUCUUUCUCCCAGAUUUCAAUAUUCUGACAGAAGGCUUCAGUUUUACUUCCUGAAGAGAACCGUUCUGCUUCCCAAAAAGCUGGUGUACUUGUGUGGAGAGGCCAUGGAUUCUUCCUGAAGAUAGUGUGUUUGCUGGCGUGUUUGACAGCUCGGGGCUGCUGGCGAGGAGCUGCUCGGCCUGGGGAGCUGCCAGGAACACGAUGCCCUGCCCUGCUCUCUGCCUUGGGAAGCUGUGAAUUGCCCAUGUCCAUAAGGAGGAAGGAUGGCUCAUGGAAUUCCUUCACAAGGCAAAGUUACCAUAACGGUGGAUGAGUACAGCUCCAACCCGACGCAGGCCUUCACGCACUACAACAUUAACCAGAGCAGGUUCCAGCCUCCACACGUGCAUAUGGUCGACCCUAUCCCAUAUGAUACUCCAAAACCAGCGGGCCACACGCGAUUUGUCUGCAUCUCAGACACGCACUCCAGAACAGAUGGCAUCCAGAUGCCUUAUGGGGACAUCCUUCUCCACACGGGCGAUUUCACCGAGCUGGGACUGCCCUCAGAGGUUAAGAAGUUUAAUGACUGGUUAGGAAACCUGCCCUAUGAAUAUAAAAUAGUGAUUGCUGGGAAUCAUGAACUGACAUUUGAUAAGGAAUUCAUGGCAGACCUUGUUAAACAAGAUUACUACCGCUUUCCUUCUGUGUCCAAAUUGAAACCAGAGGACUUUGACAAUGUUCAGUCACUCCUGACAAAUAGUAUUUACUUACAAGAUUCAGAAGUAACAGUUAAAGGAUUCCGGAUAUACGGUGCCCCAUGGACACCGUGGUUUAAUGGAUGGGGCUUUAACCUACCCAGAGGUCAGUCUUUGCUAGACAAGUGGAACCUUAUUCCUGAGGGCAUUGAUAUACUAAUGACACAUGGACCUCCCCUUGGUUUUCGAGAUUGGGUUCCAAAAGAGCUGCAGAGAGUUGGUUGUGUGGAACUGCUAAACACAGUGCAGAGGCGAGUAAGGCCCAAACUCCAUGUCUUUGGUGGGAUCCAUGAAGGUUAUGGCAUUAUGACAGACGGUUACACAACGUACAUCAAUGCUUCAACGUGUACAGUCAGCUUUCAACCAACCAAUCCUCCAAUUAUAUUUGACCUUCCAACCCCUCAAGGAUCAUGAAGCACUGCUGCAUGUUUGGAACUGAGGAAGGUCUAUAAACUGCCAUUUUCUAAUCACAAUACUUGCAUUCUGUUACAUGUUUAUUUCAAAAUUUUUGUGGGGGGGGAGGGGGGGGCAUUUUGGGAGGGAGAAUGGUGGGGUUUUUGUUUUGGGGCGGGGUUUUUUUUAGUAAAUUGCUGGUGCAACGAGACAAGACGAGAAGUUAGAGGUUGUGCUUUUUGGAAAUGCAGCGUUCAUUUUAAAUUGAAAAAGCAUUGUGAAUUUGUAAAAUUAAUUUUGUUUUUCAAUAAACUGCCAUUGUAAAUUGUUAUAGUGUUCUCAAAAGGACAGCCAAGCUUUCUUUUAAGAAGUGAGAGACCUUAUUUUAAUAUUAUAUGAUAAGCUAAAAAAAAAAUAGGCAGCAUUUAAAAACACCCAAAUUUGCACAACUUUUGUUACUGUCGUUUUUUAUUUUGUUGUUUUUUUUUUUAAUGUCUUCUUUUCCCUAUGGUCUAAAUGUUAGCUUCUCAUCUUUCCAUUUAUAUCCUUUUUUCUUCCUUCCUUUCUUUUUUUUAUUUUUUUUUAUAGCAUAGACAAGACUUUGGGGUCCAUUUGCCUCUUGAUAUGUGUGCAUGCACUGAAACUUGUUUCUGUUCACAGUAAGAUGCAGCAAGGGGAGAAUAGACCUCUCAGUUGUUUGUUUGUCACUACCUGCUUUGUACGUUAAAGAAUGGUAUAAGAUAGCCACGGUCUGUAUGUGAUAUCUGCCUUUUAUUGUUUGUUUUUAAAUUAUUUUAGCUUUAAAAAACUGGGAAUGAAAGCUGCAAAGAGCAGGCGUUUCAUGCAGUAAAAAAAAAUAAUGUAAAUGCGGACUCCUUUUAAAUAUGAAUUUAUAUAUAUAUGUAUUUUUUGUGCAUUAUAACUAAGCUAGGAUUUAAUAUUGCCAGUAUAGCAUCUGCAAAAUUAUGCUGUACAGCACAUCUAAAUUAUGAAGGAUGUGACACAUUUUCCAAGUGCUCAAGGCCUUCCAGAGCCUGAGUUCAAUCUUUGUUGUAGUUUGGGCAUGUAUAGAGUCAAAUGGAUACAAUCAAGCCUAACUAAAAUAAGGCUUAGUUGUCCUUUAUAUUUAAAUAUUCUUCUUGUCUUUUUAUUUCCUUUUUCUUAUUUUGCACUGUGUGUAAAUGCAAUCUUGCUAGCACAAAAUACUGUUGCAGAUAGUUAUUUCUGUUCUACCACUGUAAAUGCUAUUGAGCUUUGUUCUGUUUUAUGUUAACAUGUUAAUGGAAUUUAGAAAGCAGUUGUUUCUUUAAAUUUAUUGUGAUAUAUCUAGCGGCCUUUAUAUGCAAAUAAAAUUGCAAGAUUUUUAAA